UUCCGGAAUGGGAAACCGAGGCUGGGCCAUUCUCUUUAGUGUUUGCCCUGUUUGCCUUUUUCUCACCAUAACACUAACAUUUUAAUAAAAAAAUAGAAGAAAAAUCCAUAAAAGUGGAACAGAUCAAAUAUAAAUCUCACAUACCGUAGCUCAUGGAGUAAAGAAAUCCUUAACUGCUGGACUGAAACAUAAAAAGAGGAAGAGCUUUGCUGGAUUACUCCAAACUUGCGCUGAACCCCUGUGCUGCGUGCUGUGAAAGUCUUGGAACCGGACGUCAGUAUGGCCCAAGUUCAGGUCCAGAGCCCUGCUGGGAGCCCCCUGUCCAACACUACACAGCACCUGAAGCCCAGUGCUCCCCAGCCUAACCUCAGCAUCCCCAAUGCCUCCGGCCCGCUGCCUUCCGAAAACGCCAGCCACCCGCUCAAGAACUCUGCUCUUCCUUCUGCUUCGGCCACUCCCAUCAGUGCACCUGCAGUUUCUAACAUGGCAAACCCCAAAGAGAAGACCCCAAUGUGUCUUGUGAAUGAGUUAGCCCGUUUCAACAAAAUUCAGCCCGAAUACAAGCUUUUGAGUGAGCAAGGACCAGCUCAUUCUAAGCUGUUUUCAGUGCGACUGACUCUGGGGGAGCAGCACUGGGAAGCUGAGGGGACAAGCAUCAAGAAGGCCCAGCACGCAGCGGCAGCCAGUGCCCUCUCUCAGACUACGCUGCCUAAGCCCACCAUACGUCCACCUCGCAGCACAGGCAAGAACCCAGACAGUAUAACCCACACUGUGGAGCUAAAUGCACUUUGUAUGAAACUGGGAAAGAAACCAAUUUAUAAACCUAUUGAUCCCUAUCCUGGAAUGAGGCCCAACUUCAACUACAAUGUCAGACCUCCUGGCCCCUAUCCAAGGUACUAUUAUCCAUUCCCUCCCGUGGGGCCGGUGAUGUAUCACAUGGAGCUGUCUAUUGGGGGCCAGCAGUUCCAUGGCAAAGGCAGGACCAGGCAAGCUGCUAAACACGACGCUGCUGCCAAAGCACUCAAGGUCCUGCAGAAAGAGCCCCUUCUGGAGAAGAGGCUGGAGGUAAAUGGAGAACAAUCUGAAGAAAAUCUUAACAAAUCCGAAAUCAGCCAAGUAUUUGAAAUUGCACUGAAGAGGAACAUGCCUGUGAACUUUGAGGUGGUUAAGGAGACGGGGCCCCCACACAUGAAGAGCUUCGUCAUCAAAGUUACCGUGGGUGAAUUCUCGGGGGAGGGAGAUGGCAAGAGCAAAAAGAUAGCCAAGAAGAACGCUGCCACUGCUGUGCUGGAGGAGCUGAAGAAACUGCCCCCGCUGCCGACAGUGGAGAAAGUGCAGCCGCGCAUCAAAAAGAAAACAAAGUCUAUAGUCAAACUUCAAACGAGCCCAGAGUAUGGCCAGGGAAUGAACCCGAUCAGCAGACUAGCUCAGAUCCAGCAGGCCAAGAAAGAGAAGGAGCCGGAGUACAGCCUGGUGACAGAGAGGGGCCUCCCACGUCGCAGGGAGUUCGUCAUGCAGGUCAAAGUUGGCAACCAGUGUUCAGAAGGCAUGGGUCCCAGUAAGAAGGUAGCUAAACGCAAUGCAGCGGAGAAGAUGCUGGAGCUAAUGGGAUUUAAAGUGCCUCAGCCACAGCCCCCCAAGCCUGCUCUGAAAUCUGAUGAAAAGGUGCAGGCGAAGAAGGCUGGAGAAGGAAGAAAAGUGACCUUCUUUGAACCCAGUGUAGUGGAAGAUGCAGGAAUAGGGAGCAGGGAGGACGAGUUCCGGAUGCCCUUCCUGAGCCACCAGCAGCUGCCAGCCGGGAUCCUGCCCAUGGUACCAGAGGUGGCCCAGGCUGUGGGUGCCAGCCAAGGACAUCACGCCAAAGACUACAACCGUUCCCCUAUCAACCCUGCCAAGGCCACCGUCACAGCUAUGAUUGCCAGGGAGCUGCUGUAUGGUGGCACCUCCCCGACAGCCGAGACCAUUCUAAAAGGCAGCAGCAGCCUGGGACACCUUCCUCAUGGCCCCCUCACCCGGCCCUCCGAGCAGCUGGACUACUUGUCCACCGUGCAGGGACUCCAGGUGGAAUAUAAAGACUUUCCCAAAAACAAUAAGAACGAGUUUGUCUCUCUGAUAAACUGCUCCUCUCAGCCCCCCCUUAUCAGCCAUGGAAUAGGAAAAGAUGUGGAAUCUUGUCAUGACAUGGCUGCCCUGAAUAUAUUGAAGUUACUGUCAGAGCUGGACCAACAAUCUAAUGACAGAACUGGAAAUGGACCAAUUUCAGUAUGUGGAAAACAAGAAAUGGAAGGUGAUGCUCUUCUGAAACAGGCUAACUCAAACACCAUGGGACAAACUCUGGAUGGCACAGCAUAGAUGGCCUUUAAAUAAAGGGGAAAAAAGCACCAGAGAAAAUCAGAUGCUUUGUAGCGUAACUCAACUGUUUUAGAGGGCUACAGUUAUAGUUUAGCCACUGUAGUGUCUAAAUCAUCAAGUUGCUAAUACUUUUGAAAUGUUCACAGUUAAACAAGACUGAUUAAAAGGUUCAUUUUCCUUAAUGUUUAAUUGUAUACAUUUUGUUUUGUAGGAAUGUAGUUUUUUUUUAAAAAAAGUGCUGGAUCAUAUCCAAGUAUGUGGUUUUUCUGUUUUGGUGGAAGAGAGAACCAUUUUGAAUGUUUAGUUUUCUUUUUUUUUUGUUUUUCCCCUCUAAAUCAAUUUUAACCCCAUUGUUAACUUAAAAGGGGGCGUUCUGUUUGUGAAUAUUGAGAACAGUUGGAGAACUUCAUGGAUGGAUAUGAUAAAGCUAACAAAAUGCAGUUGAUUUUCCUUGAGUGCUUUGAAAAAAGUGUUUAUCUACAUUUCCAUGUAGGGCUGAAAAGGUUUUUGUGAUUUAAUGUAAUGUUUGUGUUGUCAUGUGUUUGUUGCCUGCAGCAAUGUGGGCAAUAAAAAGUUUCUAUUGCAUAUGGUCCAAGCACGAUACCCCCCUGCAGAGUUCUUGUAAUGCUUCAAACUUGUCAUUGUUAACCAUGAACUUUUUUCUCCCCAUGGAAUGUAAGUAAAACGUGUGCUUUUACGCACAAAAAAAAGUGUUUGGUUUUGCUUUCUUGCAAUACCUUUCAAUCCUCCUGCUUGGGUUCAAAACCAUCAAAGAGCAGCUUUGUUAAGUUUUGUACUUUCCUUGGGUAUAGAAAUAGGGCUUACCUUGGGAAAUUGGGUACAGCUACAUUUUUGGUAUACUUUUCCUGGACUGCAGGGCAUUGAAAAAUACUCACAUCAUUGCCAUAAUGGUUUGAUUUCUGACAAUUCUGGGAAUUCCUUGGCUUGAAUGGGAAUCCAGACCCCAUAAUGUUUUUUUUCAUGUUUGCAAGUGAUAGAAUGUGAAUACAGAAGAAUGUGGACUUGGUAUUCCUGAUACUAUUAAAGAUUAUAGCAGACUAAUA